CGUGAAGCGCAGCCGCUGAUCGAUUCAGCAGUGUCUCCAUCCAUCCCGUGGGUGUCGGUCGAAGCUCUUCCCAUCCGCGACUUGGCACCGACGCUAUGCGGUCGUGAACGCUGUUGGACACCAGAUAUCUUUGUAGACACUGCACCCACGGCACGAGCCUGAUGAAGCUCAAUGUGCCUUUCCCUCAUCGGCCUUCCCCUCUUCAGUCUGAUCCGGGGUUCCAGUUCCAACGUGGUUGCGUGAACGUGGUUGUGGUCUGCGAUCCCGGCCAUUUCGUGUGAUUAUUCUCCGCGAAAGCCAUGUCACAAAACCAUCUUCCUUCCCAGGCCGCUCACAGCAAGGUCGAAAAUUCCAACCUUUUCGCGGGCUCUUCCUACCCAAGCUCGACAGCCACAGAACGACGACAUUAUUCUUUCGACGCCGAUUCCGAGAUCUCGCCCUUCGCCCAGACGAGAUUCUCCAUGGAUUACGACCAGACAGAAGGCCUAGGCGGCCUAUCUGUGAGCUCGUACGACAGUAUCGAGGAUGAGCGCACUUCCAUCGAUGCCAGAUCGUAUCAUUAUCACCCAGGCGACAAGUCUUUGAACUAUCCACUACCGGAUCAGAUGGUACCAACAUAUCCUCAUCACUCAAUGUACCCAUCUGUCCCGUAUCAAAUCGAUGAUCUAGGCCAUCCUGGAAACUUGACACCAUCCGACGUGUCAUCUUCCAUCUCGCCUCCAAAUGGCCAGCUCGGAAACACGAGGUACAGCAUCCAGCCUCCGAGUGAUCGAAUUGCCUCUGCACUCAGCAUCGAGGAGCAGUCCCGUAUGGUUGCUGAAGAGGACAAGCGACGCCGUAAUACGGCAGCCAGCGCUCGUUUCCGCGUGAAGAAGAAGCAGCGGGAACAAGCUCUCGAGAGAACUGUGCGGGAAGCUACCGAACUGAACGCGACUCUCGAAGCACGCGUUGCGCAGCUCGAAAUGGAGAAUCGAUGGCUCAAGAACCUACUGACAGAAAAGCACGAAAACACUGUUAAGAUGCCACCGCCUCCCGAUAGCAGCAACACCCCGCCUGUUUCGCAAAGUACGUCGAGCACCGCAGCGCCCGCUCCCAAGAACAUUCAGCCCAAGAAGGGUGUGGGUACCGAUAUUUGAAGAAAGAAAUCAAAGUUCUCUCGAAUCUUUUUGUGUUCCCGGAGUUGAAUUGGAGUUGGUUUGACCCUGCAUUCAGGGAGGCGACUACC